AUGGUACGAGAGUAUCGGAAUAACGAGUUAGAGGCCCACUUCAAGUCCAUUCAUGGCAACCCAGUGAUCACGACUUGCUUGGACCCACUCGAGCGUUUUGCUGCCAAUGUUUACACACGAGAGUUAUUCUUGGACGUGAGGAGGGAAAUUGUGGGUGUCGGUGGGGUUAACUUUGUCACAAAGGUUCGCCGAUCCACGACUAUAGUGUACACAAUUGAAGACUAUGGCAUUCCGGGUAGGCCACUAACGUUACUGUACGAUAGGGUUGUGAAUAGGGUUCAGUGUCCUUGCCAAUUUUGGUUGCGAAAGGGUUACCCAUGUCGACACAUGUUUUUCGUUUUGAAGCAUGAGCAUGCGAGGAAAAUUCCAUCAAAGUUGGUGCUUAAUAGGUGGCGUAAGGACACUAAAUCAUUGGAGAACUACGGUGAAGGAAGAGCUUAUGAGUGCAGUGAGCGGGGGUUUCUAUUACGUCAGGGUGCAUUGCACUCUGCAUCACAGUGGUUUUCGUUCGUAGCUACACAUAGCCCGGGUUUGUUUAAAACAGCGAUGAGUGGCAUACGAGCUUUAUGCGAACAAAUCGAGGCUGCAUGCGAUCAGAAGGGUCCGUCGGCAAAGGGAAGAGAUACUCCUAGUGUGAAGGAUCCUGUGGUGGUUAAGACCAAAGUGGCUCCCGGGUUAAGAAAAUGA